AUGGAUCAAGCACUCUCUUGCAUCAUUAAAAGCCCGUUAACAUCACCAUCAUGUGCUCAGCUUCCGACAAGGGUAAAGAAGGCGUAUGUGUUGUCUUCGAGAGGCAAUUGUGUGAAGAAAAGCCCAAUAAAACUGAUAAGUCCGGGAGGCGAGGAGCACGAGAUAGAAGUAAACGAAGAUAGUUGCAUACUUGAGUCGGCGGAGAAAGCGGGACUGGAACUACCAUACUCGUGUAGGUCAGGGACUUGUGGGACGUGUUGUGGGAAGAUAGUGUCAGGAAAAGUGGAUCAGUCACAAGGUUCUUUUCUUGAAGAAGACCAGAUUCAAAAGGGUUACAUCCUCACGUGCAUCUCACAGCCCUUAGAGAACUGUGUGGUUUACACCCACAAGCAAACCGAUCUUGAAUGA